AUGAUGAUGAUGACGAAUCAGCUAGCAAGUUGGGAAAUAAUGGAGGGUGAAGAUAAUGAAAUGGAAAAUCUUCAAAAGGCACUAGAGGAUCUUUGGAUGCAAAAUGGACCAGAGAUGAGUGUUGAUACAAAUGAGCAAACAGCUGAAAGCAUUCAGACAAAUGGUGCACUUUCUAUACCCUUAGCUGCACUUGGAUUCAUGACAAGAAAUGUAGUUUUAGGUGUGGGACCCUUGUGA